AAUUACGCUUUAAAAUAUUUUGAUUUUAUAAACUUACAAGCAGUUGUAAAAAUGGGUUCUGUUGGUUCGGAUGACAAUCAAGAGAAACUUUCAUCUUCAUCAUUGAUCGAUCAACAUGAACAUGCAUUGAUCGAUCAACAUGAACAUGAAGAACAGGUUGAACAACUUCCAUUGAUAUCAACAAAUACAAAUGGACCAAUUGCAGCAGUUCCCAUAUCGUCGUAUAGAUUGGCUAAUGAAUCUACCAUAACCAAUGUGGAGAUUGGAGAUCCAUCAUGGAUUGAAGAAACACAGCUUUACAAAGGAAAUUAUGAUGAUACUAUUUGGAAGCACUUCCGAAAAUAUCGAAAGAAUGAACAGAGAUGGGACAAUAAAUUUGUACAUAGAACACAAAAUUUUUCAUGUCGAUCUCUAAAUGAGAUUAGAAGAUAUGAGAAGACAGGUGAACGUCCAAGUGAAAUCAACAAAAAAAAGAGACAAUUGAGAAAAGUUGGAAAAACUACUAAUGAUGCUGAGAAGACUAAGAGAACCUUAUCAGAGAAAAGUAAGAGAGAAGAAGAAAAAAUGGCUGUUGAAAAAUUUCUGGCUGAUGCUCACUACAAUCUACUACAUUGGUUUGACAAUAAACAACCUGAAUCUGAAGAUGACUCAGAGGCAACUCUUUCGGACACUCCAGAUGAGUUUCAUCAUGUGAAAAUUCGAGAUAAACAGGUGCUCGGAAAAGGAAAAGAUAAGAUGACUUGAAGAUUACAUGAUUAUGUUUUGUGUUGCUUUCUGUUGCAUCUUUAAUUGUUUUGUAUUAUGACAUAUGUCGUAUUUUGUAUCCACAUUUGAAGUAUCAUGUGAGUUGCUUAUAUUCUUGUGAGACCUAUGCUAUGUUUAUGUAACAAUACCAAUGUUUGAUACUC